AUCUGAUCUGGUAUCGCGGGCCGCGUCAUUCUGUUACUUGCGCAGAUCGCACCGGACUGACGCGCAUCAUCACAACAUCAGCACCAAACAAGGGGGUAGAAAUCGCAUCCUCAUCCUUUAUCCCCGACUCAUCCCGACUCAUCCCGACUCCGAUCUGCCGCUCGCUAAGGAGCCGAGCUGGGUGUGUCUGCAGAACAAGGAUGACUCUAUUUUUUUUGCUAGCCUUCACCUUGCUGGCUUUAAGCUCCGCCAUGGGUGGGGAGGUGUGUGUGUCGGGUCACGACAGUGGGCCGGCGUUCGAGGAGCAGCCGACCAGCCUGAUUUACCCGGAGGGGCUACCUGAGGGUAAGGUGACACUGAAUUGCCAGGCGAGAGCCAGUCCUCCUGCUACCUACAGGUGGCGUGUGAACGGAACAGACGUAGUGAUAAGCGAGGACUCUCAGUACACCCUGGUGGCUGGAAACCUGGUGAUCAAUAACCCACAGCAUGGGCGCGACGCCGGAACCUAUCAGUGCCUCGCCAUCAACCGCUGUGGCACCAUCGUGAGCCGUGCUGCCAACCUCAAAUUCGGCUACCUUCAUGAUUUCCCCUCGGAAAAAAGGAAUCCUCAGACAGUUCAUGAAGGCUCCGGAACCUCCGUGGCGUGUCAGCCCCCGGCUCAUUACCCCGCUCUCUCCUACCGCUGGAUCCUGAAUGACUUUCCAAGCUUUGUGCAGCCAGACGGUGGCAGGUGGUUUGUGUCCCAGGUGACGGGCAACUUGUACCUGGCCAACGCCAAAUUCAACGACACUGGCAAUUACUUCUGCCUCACAACUAUUAACAUGGACAUCAGCACCAAGAGCACAUUUAGCAAAGCCGUCCAGCUCACCGUGCAGUCUGAUGCUAAUCCCAGAAAGUCAGCCCCGAGCAUGCGUGUGCGCUUCCCCUCUGAGACAUACGCGCUGGCAGGACAGACCACACAGCUGGAGUGCUUCGCCUACGGCAAUCCCACCCCUAAGCUGCGCUGGAGGAAAGUGGAUGGAGUCUUACCGUCUAAAGUUGGAGCGAGUGCGGAUGGCCCCAUCCUGACAAUUCCUGAUCUGAGCUUUGAUGACGAGGGCAUUUAUGAAUGCGAGGCCUACAGCUCAGAGGGGCGGGAUACACACCAGGGGCGCAUUUCUGUCCAAGCUCAACCAGAGUGGCUGCAGGUCAUGAGUGAUUCCGAAGUGGAGAUCAGUUCUGAGCUGCACUGGAGUUGCCUAGCUGCAGGAAAACCGAGACCCAUCAUCCGCUGGCUUCGUAAUGGACUUCCUCUGACCACACAGGACCGUGUGGAAGUAAACAACGGUCACUUGAAGAUCGGCAACCUGGCGUUGGAAGAUUCUGGGAUGUACCAGUGCGUGGCCGAGAACAAACACGGCACUAUUUAUUUUAAUGCAGAACUUAGGGUCCAAGUCCAGGCUCCUGAUUUUAGGCAGAACCCUGUAAGAAAGCUGGUCCCUGCAGCCCGUGGAGGCCAGGUGAAGAUGGAGUGUAAACCACGUGCUGCUCCCAAACCGACGCUCUUCUGGAGCCGCGGAACUGAGCUCCUCACUAACAGCAGCAGGGUUACAGUUACUCCGGACGGGGUUCUGUGGAUCUUUAACAUUAGCCGGGCUGAUGAAGGGAAGUACACCUGCUUUGCUGAGAACUACCUGGGCAAAGCCAACAGCACUGGCCACCUUUCAGUAAGAGAUGCAACCAAGAUCAAACUAGCGCCUUCCAACGCUGACAUCAACCAGGGGGAAAACGUCACGCUGCAGUGUCAUGCAUCGCAUGAUCCAACCAUGGAUCUCACCUUCACCUGGUCCCUCAACGGGGUUCUGCUCGACCUGGAACAGCUAAAUGGGCACUACCAGCGUGUGGAGGGUAAAGAAACCAUCGGCGAUUUGGUUAUUGUGAGCACCCAGUUGAGCCAGGCGGGUAUCUACACAUGCUCAGCACAGACGGUGGUGGACAGCGCAGUGGCGUCUGCCAGGCUGGUGGUGAGAGGCCCUCCGGGGCCCCCGGGAGGUUUGGUGGUGAAGAACGUGAAUGAAACGGCGGUGGAGCUCAGGUGGAGCCGGGGUUAUGACAAUCACAGCCCCAUCGGGAAGUAUGUCAUCAUGGGCCGCUCGGAGCAUUCACACGACUGGAAGAGAAUGAGGACAGACCCAACCAACAUCGAGGGCAAUGCUGAAUCAGCCCGGGUGAUUGACCUACGACCUUGGAUGGACUAUCAGUUUCAGGUUAUCGCCAGCAACAUUCUGGGCAGCGGGGAGCCAAGCAUGCCCUCGCACCCUGUCCGGACCAAACAGGCAGCGCCCACAGUGGCACCUAGUGGACUGGGUGGUGGAGGAGGCGACCGCAAUGAGCUCAUCAUCACAUGGACACCCAUGGCGAGGGAAUACCAGAAUGGCGACGGCUUCGGGUACAUCCUGGCAUUCCGGCAGCUGGAAGCACCGACGUGGACGGUGGUGCGCAUUCCAGACGUGGAGUCCUCACGUUACGUGUACAGUAAUCAAAGCCUGACGCCGUACAGCCCCUUCGAGGUCAAGAUCAAAGCCUAUAACAGGAAAGGAGAAGGACCUUUUAGUCAGAUAGCAGUGGUGCACUCUGCAGAAGAAGAGCCCACGGUGACUCCACGCAGGAUCAAUGCGACGGCACUAACAGCCUUCGAGAUCCAGGUCUCCUGGGAACCCGUCCAGCAUUUAAGUAGCAACGGAGUACUGCGCGGUUAUGAGAUCCGGUACUGGCGGCAACACGAGAGGGAAGCAGCAGCAGACCGGGUUCGAACAGCAGGUCUGGAGAACGCAGCACGUGUAUCUGGGUUAAGACCCAACACGCUCUAUCACGUAACCGUUCUGGCUUACAACAGUGCCGGCACGGGGCCACCUUCUCCACGGACCACCGUCAUCACCAAGAAACCUCCCCCUAACCGUCCUCCAGGGAACGUCUCAUGGAAGACUGAUGGUUCUUGGGUAACAGUAAGAUGGGAUCACGUCAGAUCUAUGGACAAUGAGUCAAUGGUGCAAGGAUACAAAGUUCUAUACAAGUACGAAGGACAGUCAGUUCUAAAAGUCCUGGACAAAGGCAAGACAUCGGUCAAUCUGCCCCUGCCCAAAGAUAACGGCUACGUGGUUCUCGAGAUUCGCUCUUGGGGGGAAGGAGGUGACGGGGCUGCCCAUGAGAUCAUAGUGUCUCGAGAUACAGGAACUGGAAUGAUGGUUCAGAAAAACACUGCUGGGAUUUCCAGACUCUGCAGUUCCUUAUUUCUUCUGUGGACCACGCUGGUUUUAAUUCCGACCGUGAUCAGCCAGUGAAAUACCCAGUAAUACCACACAGACGAAGGCUACGUAAAUACACUCCACGAGGGCUAGGACUUUGGGCACUGGGAUCUCACUGAGGAUUGGGGUGGUUGGGGUGGUUGAGCAGGUGGGGGUUUAAUAUUAAAUGAGGCGAAUGGUAUUUGUUUGAACCUUUUUUAUAUAUAAAUAAUACUUUUUUAAACAUUCUGAGAUAGGCUAGUCAUGCGGUUGUGUGGGAUUUGGGCGGUG